ACUACUCCUGCUGUAUCUCUUUUUGCUCUAAAUUUAGACAUCUUUCCGCCAUUUUAGGACUCCCCCAGAAAUCCAGAAUAGACCCUUCUGCUGCUCUGCAAUAUCUCUGCUUAAUAUAGAGUUCAGACCCGUCUCUGCUAAAUCAAGAGUUCGGACUCUGAACCCUUCUUUUUCUGGGCUUAUUCUUCACCAUUCUCUCUCUCUCUCUCUCUCUUGACUGCUGAAGUAACAUUAGGAGAAACAGAGGAAGAUGGAUGAUGACCAUGAAGAAGGGGAAGAGUACCUUUUCAAGAUAGUUAUAAUCGGAGACUCUGCUGUGGGUAAGUCGAAUUUGCUCUCCAGGUAUGCUCGGAACGAGUUCAGCAUGCACACUAAGGCGACGAUCGGUGUUGAGUUUCAGACUCAGAGUGUGGAUAUAGAUGGCAAGGAGGUGAAAGCCCAGAUUUGGGAUACUGCAGGUCAAGAGCGAUUUCGUGCUGUUACCUCUGCUUACUAUAGAGGUGCUGUGGGUGCCCUCCUCGUCUAUGAUAUCAGUAGACGCACCACAUUCGAUAGCGUCGGUCGAUGGCUUGACGAGCUUAACACACAUUCUGAUACUACAGUAGCAAGGAUGCUGGUGGGGAACAAAUUGGACUUGGAAAAUCUCAGGGAUGUAAGUGUAGAAGAAGGCAAAAGCCUGGCGGAAGCAGAAGGGUUGUUCUUCAUGGAGACAUCUGCCCUGGAUUCGACGAAUGUUAAAAAAGCUUUUGAAAUGGUUGUCCGAGACAUCUACAACAAUGUUAGCAGGAAAGUCCUGAAUUCUGAUACAUACAAAGCUGAAUUGUCUGUCAACCGUGUAACCCUCGUUAAUAAUGGGGCUGAUGGAUCAAAGCAAAGUGAGAGCAUGUUCUCGUGCUGUUCAAGAUGAUUUCGGUCACAAUGCUUCUGGUGGAUGAGUGGAUGUAUCUGGUGAGGUUAUAUGUUAAAUUUGAUUGGUUUUAUUGUUGGAUUUGUUCUCUUAAUGAAUCUGUCUUCAUGGGUAAAGUAGUUGAACAACAUAAGAAUAUGUAAUAGUUGUUAUUUUUUGAAUUAAAGAGAGAGAAACUUUUGUGCAAUGGAGAGGAAAAAAGCAUGUAAUCUGAAUGGAAUUAAGAUGGAUAGAAGUGUAUGAUUACGAAUUUACGAUUGCUCUUUUUUAUUA